AUGCGCGUCAAUUUCGCUAUUGCUGCCGUCUUGGCCCUCGUCGUGAAGAGCGCCAGUGCCUUCACUGUCGGCUCGCCCGAGGGACUCGCCGCCGGCGCCACCGGUGGAGCGGGAGGCAAGACCGUGUACCCGAAGUCGACCAGCGAGCUCGUCUCGUACCUCGCGUCCAGCGAGCCGCUUGUGGUCGUGCUGAACAAGACGUUCGACUUCCGAGGCACGGAGGGCACCACCACGGAGACGGGUUGCCGUCCGGACUACACUCGCGAGUGCAUGGCCAAGAACAACGGCUACAAGAGCCAGGAUGUGAUCAUCCAGGGCGGCAACAUGGCGACCACGGGCGGCUGCACUGGUGGCACCAAGGUGAAGAUCACAUACGACAACGCAGCUCUCAAGCGCAUGACUGUUACCGGCAACAAGACCAUCCGUGGCAUCGGCAAGAGCGGCGUCAUCAAGGGCAAGGGUCUCACGCUCAACGGCAACAACAUCAUUAUCCAGAACGUCCACAUCACGGAGCUCAACCGACACCUCGUCUGGGGUGGCGACGCCAUCUACCUCCAGGGUCUGGACCACGGCAAAACCGCCAUGAAGAACAUUUGGCUCGACCACAUCAAGAUCUCGCGUGUCGGUCGCCAGUUCAUCACGACCAACAAGGCCAGUACCGACUCCAUGACCAUCAGUAACUCGGACUUCGACGGCAACACCGACUACUCGGCGUCGUGCGACGGCCACCACUACUGGUCGUUCAUCUUCUACGGCGUGACCAAGUUCAGCAUGCUCAACAACUACAUCCACGGCACGUCGGGCCGCUCGCCCAAGAUCGGUGGCGACAGCGCUGCAAAGGUCGUCGCGCACGUCGCCAACAACUUCUGGGGCAACAACACGGGCCACUCGUUCGAGAUCGGCGCCAACGCCUGGGUGCUUGCGGAGGGCAACUACUUCAGCAACACCAAGAUGCCGAUGUACACCGGUAAGGACGGUGCUCUGUACGCCGCGACCGGAGGUGACGAGUGCAAGAACUACAUCGGCCGUUCGUGCGAGGCCAACAAGGUGGUGGACAGCGGUGCUUUCACGUCCCGUAACGGUGGAACUGCGCUGAACACGAUCAAGUCCGUUUCCACGUUUGUGAAGUACAAGCCGUCGACCGGCUCGCAGCAGCAGCAGCAGCCUUCCAAGGGCAACGGCUCGCAGCAGCAGUCCCAGACGGGCGAGUCCGAGGAGCAGCAGCAGCAACAGCACAGUGGCAGUCAGCAGCAGGACCAGGGCUCGAGGAAGCUGGCUGUCCAGACGAGCAACCUGGAGAAGGAGUGGCAGCAGACCACCGGCAACUUCGGCGUCGGUAAGCUGGACUAA